CCUCGAUGGAACAAUUCUCUUUUUCCGAACCCUAAAAUUGCCGCAGGCGAGACCUCCAAUACCCUAGAAAAUCCAUGGUCUUUGCCUCUCCUUCAUCGAUCUUUGCGAUUUGAAACUAGACCUCUGCUAGCUGACCGCUUCAACCACCACCCCUGUCUACCCUUCUACUUAGACGAACCACCAUCUCCGGCCAGGAUUUCGGUGAAGUCCCUCUGUUUCUCGAUUGCAUAGUCGUGUUCUAGCAUCAAGGAGGCAAAGUCAGCAAGCUUUGAACCUUCGUUUUUGACGAUGGGGAUGAAUUUCAUGUUUGUGGUGUACGCUGAGGAGAAGUAGGAUGUGGAGUACUUGAUCAAAGCCAGAGAUUGUAAGAAAAGCUUUACAUUAAAUAAAACAAGACAACUGGUUUGUUCAGUAGGGAUAUAAAGACUCUACACUCCAUGUUAAGACAGGACAUAUGAAGCUAUAUAUUGGGUGUCUAAACUGGGAGG